AUCUCUGUCCGGCGGCGCCUAUCCUGGUUCGUCAUCGAUCGAUCGGAUCACGGGAAUCAUUUACUAUCUAUAAAAGCGAUCGUAUGGCCGUGGUUGGGUUUCAGUUGCACGCGAAGCUCCAUUGAGUGUCCAUACCGGAGACACGGAGACAAUCGGUACAGAGUCACGGAAGUACGAUGCGAUAUCGGGACAGAAGCAAAAUGAUCGUUCGUAUGAUCAUAGUUGAAACGUAUCUAAUGUGUUUAGUGAAAAUGGUGCAAUCCAGAACGUUCUAUAGCCAGGACACAGUUUCCUUGAAGCCAGUGGGAUACAACUUGAGUAAUGAUCGAGUGAAAGAAUAUACUUUUGAUGAAGUGGAAUAUGAGAACAAUCCUUGGUCAGGAUCUACAGCGUUGAGCAUGAUAUCUAACAGUGCAAAUCGGUUCAAUCAGAGGCAAGGACCCGAAGAUUACGGUUAUGGGGGCUACAGCCGAAAUUACUACGACGAAUAUCCGACUCGUUCUCCGUCGAAAGCAGUGGCAAAACUACCGGAAAUCAGAGGAAUUCAGCAGACCGACGUUUCAGAAUACAGCGUCACCCAUGUGGGCUCAAUGAUAGCAUCGUCUCUGAAAUACCUACUGAUUGCUCUAUUGUUGAUUGGAAUUCCGUUGUUAGCAUUCCAAUUCGUGCUGAUCCCGCUCAAGCUGUUGCUAGGCCUGAAAAUGAUGACCACGGCCCAUGCGAUCUUGCUAGGAGUUUUGGCAGCGAAAUAUUUGUAUAAAAUCAAGCAUGGCGGAUACGGUUACGGCUACGGAGGAGGAGGGAUGCUAGGAGGAUUAGCCGCAGCUAGUUCGCCUUUCAUCACGUCAAACUUCCAGCAACCGGUCAGCCAGCCUGUUACAACCGUAGUCACUGCUCCAAUUCAACAACAGCAAAACAUAGAUUCGUGGAGUUAUCCUUACUUGCUUCCUUGGUGGUUCUACUAUCCUGGAUUUAAUAAUAGCAACAGUAAUUCUAACACGAACACCAACACAAACACGAAUACAAAUACCAACACCAAUACAAAUACAAACAAUAAUGGUAAUAAUGGCGGUAACAAUAAUAAUAAUAACAAUAACAACAACAACAACAAUAAUAAUAACAAUAACAACAAUGGAAACAAAAGAAAUGGCAAAUUUGGAAAAGAAAACGGCAACAAAAAAUCAGAGCUUCGUAAAAAGUUCAAAAAGUUCAGAAUACUCGACAUCGACAGUCUGAAGCCGAGAGACUUUGGUAACAUGACCGAGAGUGAAGUGCGAACAGUGAUGCAGUUUUUGACACGGAAUGGCCGUAAAGCUACGGUACUGUGAAGCACUGAGUUCCGAGGACAAAUCUAUCGAAGCCAUAUCUGUGAUUACAAAUGAAAAAGAAGUACUCAGUUGCAAUGUGAGUUUCAUUUAGCUGAUUUACACUAGUGGUUGAGUGGUGCUGAGGAUGCUAUUAGGUCAUGUGAAUAAAACCGAGUAAAUACUCUUUACUCAGAUCUCUGUGAAGAUUCAAAGAGAUUUGUUCCAAAGCUUCACAUAGAUUUAGUAAAGUGUAUUUACUCAAUUUCAUCCCUAUUGCCUAAGACCUUUAGUCAUUUUCUGAAACAAAUCAGCUGUUCCUUGCUUUUUUAAUAAUAAAAAAACCUUUCUGGUUUUUUUUUCAUUUAAAGUUGCACAUUUGUCAGAAUAACGGCUGAUUUGUAAAUUUUCACCAAAGUAUAUUAUCUUUCCUAUACUUCACUAAGGAUACAGAUUUGCAACGUAGUGUAAUUAAAAUAGGUAAACGCAAAGCUGACAGGCUUAUAAUAGAUUAAUACACGCUAAGCUAAACAUAGUUUAAGAUUAGUUUUGACUGUUUAAUCAUAACUCAGGACUCUACUAUUACCGCGCAUUUAUAAGUAAGCAUAUAAACUAUAAAAAAUACAUAAAUUAUAUAAAAUAAAGUCGUUACAUCAAUUCGAAAAACAAUACAUGUGAAGAAUAGAUCACUACUUGCUAAAAUGAAAGUAUAGUUCACUUAAGUUAAAUCUUCCAAUCUGCGUUCCAACUACACUGAAUUUUUUUUACGUGGUUAAACACUGUGAAA